CGUAUUCCGGCGCGGAUGCGCGCACGCUGCCGCUAACGCCGCGUCCUACAUUUGAAUUUCGUACAAAUUACAAACUCAUUGUUUUAAGUAUUUAAAAGAAAUAGACUUCGCUAUUGUGAAUGAGUGUGUGUUGAGACCGUAAAUUUACUUGUACUCAAAUUGAAGACUACUUACGGGAUCUUAUUGGGAUCAGACAUAAAGAUGUACUGACAGCCAUGGCUUUUCCAUCAGUAAGGACUUAUUAGUAGGAGCUUGAGUGCAAAUUGUGAAAAUAGUGAUUGAGUGAAGAUGCACACGAUGGACACCAUGGGCUACGGCCACAAAAAAUACCGGCCGCCGAUUUCGCCCACCAGUUUCUACCAACACGAUCUUUACUCUAGGCAUACUACAUUGCGCCCUCAGAGUGAAUACCGCUUCGCGGGCGGAGGUUACCCUCGUAGCAGCAGUUCACGCAGCAGCGGACUCUGCUCCGCGGCGCUGGUCGGCGGAGCCCUGCUGGCGGCCGUGGCUGUACUCGCGGUAGCAGCUCUCGCCUUUUACAUGGGCGCCCUGAGACCCGACAACGGCGAACCUUUUAUGUCAUUCGAGGGAACUCUCCGAGUGACGCGUGGAGAUGUGUACGGAGGAGCUCUUAACAGCCCUGCAUGGCGCGAACGUGCGCGCCGAUACGGGGCGGCAUUACGGCAAGUAUACGCCGCGCCGUCUUUGUUGCGGCAGGCCUUUGCAGGGGCACACGUCACUGGCUUCGGCGAUCGGCAGCUGGAUGUGCACUUCAGACUGUAUCUUGACAGAAGAAAAAUUCCUAGUUCGGUAUCGAAUAUAGAAGAAACGCUAAAGAAUAUUUUAGUUCAAGAUUUAUUAUCAAAACACCCUGCAUUUGGACAGAUAAAAAUUGACACAUCUAGUAUAGUAAUCAAGAGGGAUUUAGAGCAUACCUAUCAUUCUGAAUCUUUCGUGAAAGAAGCUAUGAACGAAAGCAUGGCAGUGAACCAUCCAAAAAUUCCACCAUCUCAAAACGGAAAAGAUAAAACGCUUCAAACUAGAGUAGGAGUUGUGAGAAAGACGACUGUGAAACCAAAUCAAGCAACAAAAAAGAAAGAUCCAGAUGAACCGGAAAUAGACACUGAAAAUAUUCCUGUAGUACAAGGCUCAUUCCAGAUCACAAAGACUGAAGCUGAUAUAACAGAGAAUAAGCAAAGCUCUAGUCCUUCACGUCAUGACGAUAAAAGUAGCCAUAGACCUCCAGUAGCUAAUAAGAAUACGAGUACGAGAACUCCUCCGCCAAAACCAACAACAGCAAGACCAACUACAACAAAACGAGUUCCUUCUAGUACACCAAAUACUCGACCUUUUACUAUUACAUCAACACUCAAUGUCAAACCAAGAACUGAACCCACUAUUAAGAAAGAAAAUGAAAAAGUAAGUACUUCCACAACUACGACAUCAACUACAGUAUCUACGACGCCUAUUGUCCAAUCAACAACUGCAAACCUGUCACAAAUAUUAUUCGAUCUGUUGACGAACGAGAAUCAUUACAAGGACUUACCAAAAAUCGAUACAUUAUUUACGGUACCACAUGUAGUGGACAAUGAGCCAUGGCGACCAAUAACAAGACCAUAUUAUGAAUCUACGACUAAAACAAUACCUAUUAUGGACGAAGCACUUAGCGAUCAAAACGCUAAAGAUAGAAUAGGCGUAGCAGAAGUUGUGGAGGAUGAUAUUUCAAUAUUAGAAAGUAUGCUCACACCCAUACCUCCGGUACAACACAGAGAGAGAUCUACUAAAAAGCCAGUAGGGAUAUACAACAUGGAUGCUAACUUGGCCGCUGAAGUAUACGUGCCAAGUCCCAUCUACACAAGUUUCACUCUGCCAACGUUCGCCCCGCCCCUAAAAAAUACCGAAACAUUGGGAUCAAAUUAUCCCAAACCGCACCCAAUUCCUGUGGAUAAGAUUAGCUCAGUAGUAGAGGUCUCAUCGGACAAAAUUUCUUCUUCUGACGAUAAUGACGGCAAACCUGUUGAGAGACCCCCAAAAGAGAAAACCACAUCUGUGUCUUUGAAUGUGAUGCAAUUGGAUCAACAAGACAAUAGCACCGAAAAAGUAGCAAUAGAAGGCGCUUCUAUUUUAAAGAAACAGAACACUACUACUGAGCUUCCUGAGACUAGUACCACAAUUUCUACAACAACAAUUACUUACUCCAGUACCGACGAAGACAUAAACGAUACUAUCACAACUCCUACCCCAUUACUAUCGAGUACCCCUGAAACAAUUGAAGAAGAGCAUAAUAACAUCAGCAAAGAAAACUCUGCAAAACGUCCCAAUAAUAAAGUAUCAAAUAUUCCCAGCACAAGCGCUCCUCACCAUACAUGGGAAUUAGUAAACACGUCCACCAAUAAUAAUGAAACGUUUAGUAAAAGUUCUCCAGAAAAAUAUUACAAUGAUACUUUGCAAGCAAUUAUAACCAAAAAUGAUGCUGUAUUUCCAAAUACCACCCCUAAAUUCACAAACAAAGUAUCUAUUCUCAAGAACUUAACAGACAUUAUAAAGAGGUAUACCCAUAAUACAGACAAACCACCGAAAGAAAAACAAAAGCCAGAAGGUGACGAACGUCAUAAUUAUAACAAAAUGGGAUCUGUUGAAGUAGUGUCUGACGAGGAAAUAGAAACCACUACAUCUGUGAUAAUCACGCUAUUGCCUGCAAAAUCGAAUCUUGGGGUAAACCGUCCUUUGAGACCUCGACCGAAGAUUGAUUUGAAGUCACAAGCAUUAAAAGAAGAUGAACGCAGUUUUUUUCGUAGUGACCCAGAAACACAAAAGAUAAUAGAUAACCUUAGUACAGAAAAAUACAUCCAAAUGCAUAACUUUACCAAUAUAGAAGCUUCAGAAAUCGUAACAAGUUCUUCAAUUGUAGAAAAUGAAGAUUCAAGUGACGAAAUGCUCUUAACCAAUGUUUCUGAUAGCAUAAAGGUUCACAAUACUGAAAUGUCUUCAACUAGUAACAGACUUCCAAAAUCAAGUGAUGAGCUAAACUUUCCCAUUAAAGAUAGUAUUACAGCUGAGAAUACACAUAUUACAAACGUCACCGUUUUACCCGAAGGGACUUAUAGAGUAUCUUACCAUGUAACAGGGACUGUAAGUAGUAAGCAAGCUAAUAAAACUCAAAGUCUUCCUGCCUAUGAAUUAACGCUCGAGCCUGACGUCGUCUUGGAAAUACCCGUUAAUCAUACCAAUACAUUAACUAUUGAAAAGUUAAAACAACUUGCAAGUCUUGCCACUAUCUCCGACUCCAACAACACCACUUUAUUUCGUGCCCCCGGGGGUGUAAUUUCAACAAAGGCAAUACCUUCCAGUUACACCCUAAACCAAGCUGGAUUUAAAAUUUUAACAAAAACGUACAACAAAAUUCCUACAAAACAAGAAGAAAACAGUUUGAACAAACCAGAGAAAAUUUACAGUAAACCAUUUGUUAAGCCCGUUAAAGAAACAGAAGAGAAUAUCGUUAAAGAGAUCGUCAAAGAAGAGGAAUGUAACAAUGUGACGUCCUUCCGGUGCUGGACCGGAGCUUGCCUGCCUAUCACGUCGCGCUGUAACCGACUGUUGGACUGUGCUGGUGGAGAGGACGAGAAAGCAUGCUCCUGCGCCGACUAUUUGCGAGCCGAAUUUUCGCAGUCCAAAAUAUGUGACGGAAUUGUGGAUUGCUGGGAUUAUUCUGAUGAAAACAAAUGUGAGUGGUGUGAGGAAGGACAAUAUGUUUGCGCAAAUGCUCGCCAGUGUAUUGAGAUGGCCAGGGUAUGUGAUGGUACUCCAGACUGUCCAUUAGGUGAUGACGAGAAAAGUUGUGUAGCAUUGGCCGACGAAUUAGAAGACAAUGAAGUGAUUCCUUACAAUGCAGAAGGAUUCGUUAUGGUUCGUAAGAGAGGAGUUUGGGGCAGACUAUGCGUCGAAAGUUUCGAAGAUGUAGUGACACAAGCGCAUAGUUCAUUAAAACUACCAGAUCUUGGUAGAGCAGUGUGCCGAGCUAUGACAUUUCAUGAUUCUCCUUGGUCCCGAGAAGCGCGCGAAGGUCGCAAAAUCAGUUCUGUAGGCUACUGGGAAGUUUGGCAUAACGCUGCAGCUCGCGCUGCUGAUACACGUCUUACCUUCCGACGAUCUUCUUGUACAAGACGCAAAGCAUUACGCGUCCGUUGCAAGGAUCUCGAUUGCGGCAUCAGACCUCAUGCUGAUGCUCAACAGCCCAGAGAGCGAGUAACUUACGAGCGCGUGCGGCUGGGCAGGGUAGUGGGCGGCGGCGGCGCAGCGGCGGGUGCAUGGCCGUGGCAGGUGGCGCUGUACCGCGACGGCGAUUUCCAGUGCGGCGGUACCCUUAUCGCCGACCAGUGGAUCCUUUCUGCGAGUCACUGCUUCUAUCAAGCCACUGAAGCGCACUGGGUAGCUCGAUUGGGGGCCUUGCGUCGUGGUGCGUGGCCUAGAGGCCCGUGGGAACGAGUUUCCAGGGUUCGGCAGGUGGUUCUGCAUCCCCGCUACGCUCCUCGUGGAUUCCGCAAUGACAUCGCACUUCUUCGCGUUGAUACGCUGGAGCUCCACGCGCGAUUGCGCCCUGCCUGUCUGCCUCCGCCACGCGCACAGCCUCCAGCGGGGCAUCAUUGCACUGUUGUUGGUUGGGGACAACUUUACGAACACGAAAGAGUAUUCCCGGACACGCUUCAAGAGGUUGAGCUACCGGUGAUAUCAACAGCGGAGUGCCGACGGCGCACGCGCCUUCUGCCUCUGUACCGCGUCACCGACGACAUGUUUUGUGCUGGCUACGAGCGCGGUGGACGGGACGCCUGCCUCGGUGACUCCGGUGGUCCACUCAUGUGCCAGGAACAAGACAGAUGGUACAUCUAUGGUGUGACCAGUAAUGGCUACGGUUGCGCGCGCGCGAACAGGCCCGGCGUCUACACCAAAGUCUCCAACUACAUCGAUUGGAUAGACAACAUAAUUACCACUUACACGCCACCUCGGAACGAGACCACGUUCUCGAAUGAAGAUUCUGAAGAAGACUUCUACGUCGAUCUAGAAGUAGCAGAAAAUAAACGACCAGAUAGAAUAGACACGUGUAAAGGGUACAGGUGUCCGCUUGGCGAGUGCCUGCCCGCUUCCAGCGUGUGCAAUGGCUUCAUUGAGUGCUCGGACGGCAGCGACGAGUGGCAAUGCAAUAGACACGCCUCAAACUCCACGAAACAAGACCCUGAUUGACAUUAGUCUAGUAAUUUGCUUGUAAGCCAGUACUUAAUGCUAGAAUUAUACUUCCGAAUUCGACUGAUAUUUUGUAAGUAGGUUGUAUCGAAUCUCAUUCAGUGUUGUCGGUUACGAAUCUUCUGAUGUUUUAUAUCUUUUAUUCACAUGUACUAUGCCAUAUUUUGAUGUGACUUGGGCUUUGUAAAUAUAGCUUGUUAUUCUUCGCCCAAACGGUUGCGUUGUUUACCACGUUUGUAAUUGUAUGUUUAUUGCUAAUCGAAUCUAUUUAUUGAAAAUCUAUGGAGGACCUUUUCCGUUUGAAUUUGUAUUCAAAUGGACGAUGUUAACCAUGCAUCAAAUAAAAAGUUAACAAAUAUAAAGAAGUCUUUCAUUCUACGUUACGGUUAGGUUAUACUGGAAAUGAAACUACUCCG